AUGUCGCUCUUUGGACAGCCCAAACCGUUGGGCUCAGGCGGCCUUUUUGGUCAAACGCAAACCACUCAGCAGGCGCAGCCUGCCCAACAGACGGGCAGUUUCUUUGGCCAGACUCUGCCAGGCCAGCAAGGUAGCACGUUGGGCAACACCAUGAUCGGCGGGCAACAACAGCAGGUUCAACAGAUGCCAGCGCUGGCUCAAUCACAAGCUCAGCUGUCAAGCUCACUGUGGCAGCCCGGCAAAGAGACCCCCCACCAAAAGCCUAUUCUCGACCAGAUCAAGCUCGUCACCGAGAAAUGGGACGCGGCCAACCCCAACUGCGUCUUCAAGCACUACUUUUACAACAAAGUCGACGAAGCCCACAUCCCCUUCUACAAGCCGCAACCGCACGAGGACCCCAGCGAGUGGGAGGAAGCCUUGCAGAACAAGCCCGCGCCGGGUUUCAUGCCUGUCCUUUGCUCGGGAUACGCCGGUGUUGCCGAUCGGCUCAAAACCCAGAAGCGGGCCAUUUCCGAGUUCAACACGCGCCUGCAUCAGAUCAACGGCAGCCUGGACGCGAUUUUGCAGCGUCACGAGCUGGAGACCGAGGUGCGGGCCUUGGCAGCGCGGAGACGGCAACAUGCCAUCAGCGAGCGGUGUCUGGCUCUGGCGGCCAAGGUGCAGAUUCUGCGAAACAGAGGCUACGCUCUGAGCGGGGACGAAGAUGACCUGAAGAAUCGAUUGCAGACGUUGGAGAGGGAGGUUCAGGAUCCUGCCUUGGGCGCCAGAGAGGAGGAGCUCUGGAGUCGCCUGAUUGUCCUGAGAGGAUACUCGGAUCGCUUGAACAAGGAGCUCGACAAACCAUCUAGCCAAGACAGCGAGGGUCUCGAUCCGGACACGGAGGCAAAAGCGAAGCGAGUUCUGGAAGAUUACGAGAAACAGUUGCAGCAUUUGAAAAAGGAGUUGGAAGCUCUUGGCAUCGACUUUGAAGACUGGGAGAAGAGUCGUAACGGUAGCUUGAAACUAAGAUGA